AUGUAUACUCUGUUUUUCCACGAUAACUAUGACUACUGUGAUAACGGAUAUAUUCCAAAUACAGAACAGUCCAACAGCCAGCAUUCUGCUUGUUUCUAUCGUACCGAAGGAAGCGAUGCCUCAGUGCCCCAUCUCAGAGUUAGUGGGCCUGACGAGACCCUCAAAGAUAUAUAUGAGCUUGUCAACAGCAAGUUAUCAUACUUCUCAUGCUCCUUUCUAUAUGCCUUACUCAAAUAUUCGACGCGAAUAUUAUCAAGUACAGGCAGGUUCACCUUACCAAUUGAAAGGAAUGGGAAUGAAGCCAAUAAAAUAAUUUACUAUCCAGUGAUAUUGUCGCAAGUGCGUGAAACCUUCCGGUGCGGUCUCCCGUACACAAAGAUACUUCUCAACAAUGCCCGGGAUACCCCUAAAGGCUCAACAGCAAUGAAAGAGAAGAAAUUUGCUGCAUACCUAAUUAUCCGGAGUAGAUUGCUGUAUAUAUACACCAGACUACACAAUGAGAGGCUCUACCGAGGCUCUCCUAGAAUCCACAUCCUCGGACCACGGGAGUCUCAGCAAUUCAACCAGGUCGUUCCAGCGGCGUCAUAG